AUGUACGCUCCACAGCCGCAGAUUCUCGUGCUCAAGGAUUCGAUCAGACGCGAGUCCGGCCGCAAGGUGCAGCUUGAAAAUGUGAAGGCCGCCAAGGCGAUUGCCGACGUCAUUCGCACCAGUCUCGGGCCCCGUGCUAUGCUUAAGAUGCUAAUGAACCCGAUGGGUAGCAUUGUCAUGACCAACGAUGGUAAUGCCAUUUUGCGGGAGAUCACCGUGAAGCACCCCGCUGCUAAGACCAUGAUCGAGAUCAGCCGCACUCAGGACGAGGAAGUCGGUGACGGCACCACCUCGGUCAUCAUUCUCGCCGGCGAAUUUCUCUCCCUCGCGCAGCAGUUUCUCGAGCAAAACAUUCACCCGACUGUGAUUGUUUCUGCCUACCGACAGGCGCUGGACGACGCGCUGGUCAUUCUCAAGGAGAAGGUGGCCAUCUCCAUUGACAUCACCAAUGAUGAGAAGAUUCUCGAGCUGGUGCGCAGCUGCAUUGGCACCAAGAUUCUCGGCAAGCUGGGCGACUUUGCCUGCCAGCUUGCUCUUGAUGCCGUCAAAACGGUUUUCAUUGAGGAAAACGGCCGCAAGGAGAUUGACAUCAAGAAGUACGCUCGAGUGGAGAAGAUCCCCGGCGCUUCGAUUGAAGAGUCAACCGUCCUCGACGGCAUCCUGCUCAACAAAGACGUCAUUCAUGCCAACAUGAGAAGACGCAUUGAGAACCCGCGAAUUCUCCUGCUCGACUGUGGCCUCGAGUACAAGAAGGGCGAAAGUCAGACUGACGUUGAGAUCACCAACGAGGCGGACUUUACGCGAAUGCUCGAGAUUGAGGAGGAGUUCAUUCAGAAGAUGUGCGAUGACAUUGUCCGCUUCAAGCCUGACCUGGUCAUCACCGAGAAGGGCGUCUCUGACUUGGCGCAGCACUACCUGGCCAAGGCCAACAUCUCCGUGAUUCGCCGCGUGAAGAAGACGGACAACAACCGCGUCUCGCGCGCCACCGGCGCCAACAUUGUCUUCCGCACUGAGGAGAUUCGCGAGGAGGACAUUGGCAAUGGCUGCGGCCUCUUUGAGGUCCAGAAGAUUGGCGAUGAGUACUUUACCUACCUGGUGAAGUGCAAGAACCCCAAGGCGUGCACCAUUGUGCUGCGAGGCGCCAGCAAGGACAUGCUGAACGAGGUGGAGCGCAACCUGCAGGACGCCAUGUGCGUCGCCCGGAACAUGCUCCUCGACCCGUACGUUCUGCCGGGCGGCGGCGCCGUGGAGAUGGCCGUGGGCAAGCUACUUAACGAGAAGGCCAAGUCCAUCAAGGGCGUCCACCAGUGGCCGUACCGGCAGGUGGCGAAGGCGCUGGAGGUCAUUCCCCGGACGCUCAUUCAGAACUGUGGCGGCGACAGUAUUCGCACUCUGACCGCUCUGCGGGCAAAGCAUGCCGCCAGCGAGGACAACAAGAACUGGGGCAUUGACGGCGAGAAGGGCGGCAUUGUGGACAUGACCAAGCUGGGCGUCUGGGAGCCGCUGGUCGUCAAGUCGCAGGCCUACAAAACUGCUAUUGAGACUGCAAUACUCUUGCUGAGAAUCGAUGACAUCGUCUCGGGAUCAAAGAAGCGCGAGCAGUUUGAGAAGGAGCAGCACGCUGAGCGCAACAUGCAGGCUAUGCCCACUGAGGAGUCGAUGAAGAAUGAGUAG